AUGGAGGAUAAAGAAUUCCUUGAUUAUUUCAGAUAACUAGGACCACCAUCUAACCUCGAUUAAAUUAAGAUUGGAGCUUAAAAGAUUGUAAAUACUCUAGUUGCAAUUGGAACUGUCUCAGGUAGAAAAGGAUCUACUGAUGCCACAUCUAAAACUGCAGAAAUUGCUGAGAAAUCUCUAAAAUAAAAGUACUCAACAGGAGAUUUAGGAGAAAAGGUAUCUGCUGACCUUAAUUAUGCCUUGAAGAGACUUGUAAGAGGUCUAAAUUCAGAUAAUCAUGCAGUCAAGCAAGGUUUCUUCUUAGCCUCAGUAAUGGUUUUAAAUAAAUUCAAACAUUUGAUUGACUUUGAGAAAUAUCUUAAGUAUGUGUUCAAUGAGACCAAGUCUUCUGGGACUAUGAAAAGCUCUGAAAACAAUAACAACUCUAUCGGUAGAAUGAUGUGCAUAUCAGCUUGUGUUGAAGCUAGAAUAUUUAUUUCAGGAUCAACCGUUUAUCAGAAAUCACUUAAAGUUAUUGCUGGAUGUUUGGCUGAGCUUUAUUCAUAAAAUGAGUUUUUAUAAGAGUCUGUUGCUGCAAUCAUCUAAAAGAUGCUUCAUCUCUUAUUAGACUAAAAGUAAUUUUUAUUACAGACUAUCGAAAUUUUGAUGGAAUAACUUAUCGUGAGAAAAUCUGAUGAGAAAGCUAAAGGAGGUGUCGACAUUAAGAGUACUAUACUAACAGACUCAAACAAAGUUUCACUUUUCUUAAGAAUUAAAGAAGCAUAUCUCUAAGGAAUUUCUAAUGGAAUGGCUGCUGGAGAAUAUGCUGAUGUAUUCAAUUACAAAAUUUUGACUGAAAAAAAAAAUUUGAAGACUAUUUCAUAAUUGAUUUAGAAGUAAACAUACCUAUUCCCAAGACUUCAUACUAGUCUUCAACUCUUACUUAAUGAAAUAAAUCUGGAAUCAAAAGUAAGUGACAAGACAAAGAUCACAUAGUAAGUAAUUAUCUCAAUACUUGAAGAAUCAAACUUCAAUGAGGAUGUAUACUCUCAAUUAAGGAGUGUAACAAAGUUUAAAUUUUUACAUAUUGGUCUAAGAUUCUGGCAAAUGAUUGCUUAGAGCAUAAUGAAAUGGGAUAUAAAACAUCAAUCAAGAGAAUAGCUUCUUGAUUUGUUGCUUAGUCAGCCAUUCAUGAAAGUCCUUGUUAAAAAUGUUUAGAAUCAAAAGAAUUAACUACAUGAUGCAGCAAUUUCAGUGAAAGACACACUUUUCCAAUACAUCUAAAAUUCUAAUUUAUCAGGAGAGUAUGCUCUAAAGCUAGUCAAAUAGUUAUUUGGCCCAAAUAGUCUAUUAAGAUUCUCCCCUAAAAAGAAUUAAGAACUGCUUAAGGCAUUAACAACUAAGUUCGAGGAAAAAUAAGUAUCAGACUAUUUUGAGUUCUUAAAUUAGUUAUAUAAUGAUACUCCAGUAGAAGAUCAUUACCCAGGUACCUUAAACAAUGAAUAAAACAAAGCGGAGGAUUAAGAUGAUUCUGAUGAAGAAGAGGAAAAACCUUCAGAUGAAAACAUGAGAAAAGAUCUAAUCAAGACAUUUGCUCUAAACCAACUUGCUAAUUAUCCUUAAAUAUUUAGAACCUAACUUAUUGCAGAACAUGUAACCAAACUUAUUGAGGUAUUAGCAAGGGCUACUUAUUUCAGUCAAUAAGGUGAUAAGUAAAGUUAAGAUAUUCAAUAGCUAGGGUAGUUUAAGUUAUUUGGACUAGUAUAAAUUCUUCACAAAAUUAAGAUUGGUACUCUAGAUAAAGGAAUGAAGAAUGAAAAAGAUCUUUGGAUUUCAGAGAUCAACAGCUAAGUCUAAAAGCUUUCUUAGUAAUAUAAAAUCAAAUCAGAUUUGCUUUCUUAUCAUGCUGAAUGCCAGAAGUUUAUAAAGGAAUAAGUAUCUUCAAAGAGAUUAUAGCUUCAAAAGUAAAUAAAGAAAAAUGAUGAAGCUAGCAUAAAAGCAAAAGCCUAAUUUAAGAAAUUGAUUGCUUUUGAAAUGCUAUUUUAAAAUCUUUCAUUGUUAGUAUUGAUCCCAGGAGAAAAGCAAGUAGCUGAUGAAACAAAAUAAGAUAUAGAAGAGAUGAAGGUAGUUUUCUAAAAACUUAAAAUAACUGAAGAUACUCAAUAAAAUGGGAACAAAAGACAUAAAAAAGACUCAAAAAUUGACACUUAAUAGUCAGAAGCUCUUCAAGUUUUGAUUGAUUUCUUGAUUUCCUUGUUAACAAAGCAGCAAAGUUUCUUAAGAGAAAUCGCUAAUUUUGCUUUUAAAUAGUUUUGCACUUAAAUUACUCAAGCUUCUUUAAUGAAUAUGAUGGAGAUUAUAACAACUCCUAAUAUAGAAGCUAAUAAAAUGCUUUUUGACUAGGAUGAUUUAGAAGCAAAUGAUGAAGAGGCUGAAAAUGAUGAUCAAAUAGAUGAUGAUGAUGAAGAAGAAGAUGAGUCUGACUGA